GCCCAGGCAGCCGUAUCGAUCACAGAAGCGAAAUGAAGCUGGGACGGCUGGAACGUCAAGGCUCUCUGGCCACCGGCCAACCAGAAGCGCUGGGGCGAAGAAGGGGACGACACCGACACCGACACCGGCGGCGCCGGUGAGCUCGCUCCUCUCCUAUAAAUACCACGGCUCGCCUCCCGUUCUCUGCAUCCAGCACACAGAUCGAGUUGAUCGAUAAGGCGGAGCCAUGGCUGCUUCUUCCACGACCACCAUGUCCUUUGUCUUCGUCCUGGCGUUGCUGCUCUCGUGCGGUGGCGUCAGCAACGCGGCGCGGCGGAUGCAGGAGCUCCCGAAGCCCGACGUGGCGCCGCUGCCCAAGCCUGAGGAACCGCUGCCGGUGCCCUCGCAACCCCUGCCCAAGCCAGAGCCGCUGCCUGUGCCUGAGCCACUGCCGGUGCCACCCCAGCCACUACCCAAGCCAGAGCCGAUGCCGGUGCCACCACAGCCAAAGCCCGAGCCGCUGCCGGUGCCCCCGCAGUCCCUGCCCAAGCCUGAGCCACUUCCCGUGCCACCACCGCCCCUUCCCAAGCCGGAGCCGCUGCCGGUGCCACCGCAGCCCCUUCCCAAGCCGGAGCCGCUGCCGGUGCCACCGCAGCCCCUUCCCAAGCCGGAGCCGCUGCCGGUGCCACCACAGCCCAAGCCGGAGCCGCUGCCAGUGCCACCACAGCCCCUGCCAAAGCCUGAGCCCCUGCCCGUGCCACCACAGCCGAAGCCUGAGCCGCUGCCGGUGCCACCGCAGCCCCUGCCCCAACCCGGGCUGCCGGUGCCGCCGAAGCCAUGAUCGAUGAGCUAUGGCAACAUAUUAUUGACACGGCGCUCCAGUGAUUAUUUUCUACUGUAUCUUGCUCAUCCGUGUGACCAUGCGUGAUGCUUUCACAGAUUUGUAUAGCUAGUGUGUAUCAUAUUUGCAGUGUGGAAUGGUGUGUGCAUUGCCAUGCCAUCUCAUCUGAUCAGGCCAUGAUCUGUGUAUUCUGGCUGAGAUCCAUGUGUAUAAAUAAAUAAAUGGAUUCGUUUGUAUAUUC